AUGAAUGCUUUGGUUAUUUGGAUAGCUAAAAACUGCCGACCCAUUAACAUAGUAGAUGACGAUGGACUGCGGGACAUCAUUAGAACUGCAUCCGGAGACGCCUCAUACAAUAUGCCCUCAAGAGGAACCAUCAUGUCAAAAAUACACACUUUGUAUGACGAUGAGAAGGCACGGAGGAUGAACACGUUACAGCAAGCGACACACAUCGCACUGACAGGGGACCACUGGACUUCUGUGAGCAAUGACAACUACUUAGGCAUCACAGCGCACUUCGUUGAUAAAGAAUGGAAAUUGGAUUCAUUCGCACUAACCGUGUCUAAAACUGAGGAACGACAGUACGCUGAGGCAUGUGCGGAUCAUUUUCUCGAUGUGGCAAGAGAAUGGAAAAUCGAGGACAAGUUAAGCACACUUGGCACUGACAGUGCUCGUAAUAUGGUUGCUGCCGCGAGACUACUUCCAUUUGAACACCUGCCCUGCACGGCCCACAUUUUGCAACGAACUGUCACAGUUUCCAUUCACGGCAGUGGAUUUGAAAGUGUCCUAGCUAAAUGUCGCAAGAUUGUUGGGCACUUUAAGCAUAGUCCAUCCAACGCUCACGAACUAAUGGAACAGCAAGUUGCAUGUGGACAGAAACAAGAAUCUCUCGUUCAGGACGUUACGACUAGAUGGAAUUCUACCCUAGAGAUGGUCAAGCGAAUUCAGCGAAACAAAUCUCCACUGACCACUACCCUGGCUCAGCAAAAGAGCAAUGUUGCCAUGUUGACUACACAGGAGCUCGCCAAACUGCAAAAGCUGGAGGAACUACUUGAACCUUGCAGAUAUGUAACUGAACUGCUGGGAGGAGAGCAGUACAUCUCCUGCUCAGUGGUAUUGCCAGCCUUGUGCCACUUGUUCAAAAUUAUGGAGUCCACAGAGGAUGAUCCAGCCUAUGUAGUUAAAUUCAAAAAUGAUUUUACUUCAGACCUAUCUAAAAGGAAGGACAGCACUAAUCUCACAUGGCUGAAGAUCGCUACUGCAAUUGACCCAAGGUUUAAAGACCUAAAGUGUCUUCCCAAAGAUGAAAGGAAUGAGGUGUGGGCUUCACUAAGCAAGCUGUUAAUGGCACAGAGUCCUGGAAAACAAGAGUCUAAAGAGACAACAGACCAACAGCCACCAAAGAAGAGAAGGAUCUCCGUCUUGCUGGUUUCUUCUGAUUCAGAGUCAGAUGAAGAGGAAGAGUCCAUAGAACAGUGUCUUAACCGCUAUAAAGCAGAGCCCAAAUUGCACAUGGAGGGUUGUCCACUACAGUGGUGGAAAAAGAGAGAAGCAACACAUGCAAGGCUGGCACCAAUAGCAUGCAAGUAUCUGUCAACCCCUGCUACAACGGUGCCUUGUGAGAGACUGUUCUCACUCUCAGGUCACAUCAUUCAAAAGAAAAGGGCCACAUUGUCUCCUGAUAAUGUCAACCGACUGGUCUGUCUCAGCAACUGGCUGAAUGUAAAGGAGGACUAA